AUGGAACCAACUGAGGUCAACAGCGGAAUUUCCAAAGGAUGGCAAGCAUUCCAAAUAAUCUUUUGGACAUUGCUGAGUUUGGCGACUUUCAUUGGAAACGGUUUAGUGUUGACCUGUAUUUUGAUCAAAAAGCGGCGAAAUUCGUCCACGUACAAAUUUUACGCCAGCCUUGCACUGGGCGAUCUCAUAGUAGGUUGGUAUGUCUUGUAGCUAGAGAAAACAGAAAAGACUAGGCAGCUUUCUUAGGAGGCUUGGGUUAAAAGUUAAAUACAGGUCACUCUGUAGCAGUAAACAGUAAAUAUUUAAUGAUUAUUGCAAAGAAACCUUAUACUGGCUCAUCAUGUCAAACUCUCAACCUGAUCCCGCUGCAAACCACGUCGAUGUUUUGUCGAGACAUUUCGUGCGAUCGUAUCUCUGGAUAUAUUAACAUUCAUUCUUAAGGUUAGUUCACUUAUUUCUUGCUCGAAACAUGUUUCGGCGCCAGUCGUUUGAGAGCCAUCGACUUUGCAUAGUCUACACACUGGGGGCGGCUGUUAACACGCUAAUCAAAUGUACAGGUAGAAGUUUUAGUUGUGUUACUAUAUGUUUCACGACCUCGGAUGUUGUUUCUCGAGCGCUUAUAGUAUCAAUAUAAUUUCACGCGUAUUGAACAAUGCAGACAAUAGGAUUGUGCAAUAUUUUUGUUUCCUCAAUUUUAACCAACAAACUCGCUGAGCAUCGACGGAAAAUCACUCUUUUCAUCAACCACCUAUUUUCACUGGUACCAUUUUCACUUAGGGCUGGCCUGGUCCCAGGCUCCUUUUGAUGUGUGUUUAUAUUGACGUACAGGGGGACUAGUCUUUUCUGUCUAAUUCAUUUUGAUAUAAAAAAGAGUCGUUCAUAAGAUAUUUUAAAAAAUCCGAGACUUCGAAUGCACAAGAUGCCUAAAUUGUUGCCGGCUAUGUGUGGGUGUAUAAUUAAAAGAACUUUAUUUUCGUUUUGCCGAUCAGCGAACAACGUCAAAUAAUGAAAUAAUUACAUGUGGAUCAUGUCCGGAUAACCUUCUAUAUUUAUGUACACAGAACCUAAUGAGCCGGAAAAUAACCUCUCGACACGUUGACAACAUGAAGUUCCAAUCUUUUAUUUAGUUCGCGGGCAAAAUCCUGUGGUGUCACUCUUCCAACGCCAGAAAACCCUCUCGCUCGCCGAAUUUUCGUGUAUUUUUCUGCAUUUACGAAAUUGAAUUUGGGACUUUAUUUUAUACAACCAUAAGUCUUCCUUGUACUACAUCCGAUUUUUUUUAGUUUAUUUACUUACUUAUUUUUCCUUUUUGGUGUUUCUGGUCCAGAAGCACUCCUGAAAAGAGGUUUCCCUGUGUUUCCAAUUCGACUGUAAUUCAUGCACGCUUGGAAACACUGCUGACCCUGUCGACUAAUUAUUAACAACGAAAAUCAGUUCCCUGGUUAGAAAAGUCUUUAUUUGUAAAGGCUCUGAAUAAGAAAGGCCAGUCCUUUCAAUGAAAAAUUGGUUUGUUAAAUUCUAUUUUCAUCCACUGCAGCGCCGUAGCUAGUAUGAGGCCAACCGAGGCACUCGCCUCGGUAAAAUUUUGACGAAUUUCGCCGAUCAUUUUUAUUUUACAUAAGCGAUCAUCGGAGCCUCUCAGAAAAGAUUUCGUGGCCAAAAUAUAACAGUUAAAAUAUAUAUAUAUAUAACCAAAAUUUUCGCCGUAUUAAUACUGAAAACGCAGAAAACGCGGCAAAUCGCAUUUCCGAGAGGCUAAAGUUCAAAAUUUCUCGCGGGGGAGGGGGGGGGGCAUGCCCCCGAACGCCCCUAGCAACUCCCGCCUGCCUCAGUUGGCCGUUUGGUCUGGCUACGGCACUGCACUGGCUAAAAUAUAUAACAGCAUUGCCUUUUUAUCGCUUCUAGUAAGUUUAUACAUCAUUCAGUAGAUCCUUGAUCAUCAUCAUCAUCAUCAUCAUCAUCGUCGUCGUCGUCAUCAUCAUUAGGGACUUUAAGAUCCAACGACGAGACAGCGACAAAGAACGUCGCUUAAAAAGUGAAUUUGCGAUCUUUCAGUCUUUACAACGAUUAUUCCCAACCACUUACUUCGUCAAAUGUAGACGAACCCUCCUGAAGCUGAAUUUCAGGGGACCAUAUUCAAGCUCGGAAAGAGAAAUAAAAUUUCAUCGUUGCUUGUUUACGUCCUCUAUAAAACGCGAAAUUAGGCAUUUUCACGUCGUAGUCGUGCAAGAACGGGAAAGAAAUGUACAAAAAAGUGUGAUGCACGUGCGAAGUUGUUGUUUUGUUCAUUAAACCUAUUGUUUUUUGACGUUCUCGUUGUCGUCCGCGUCGUUGGAUCUUAAAGUCCCUAUUGUCAUCACCACCGUCAUCUUCACCUCAUCAUCAUCAUCAUCAUCAUCAUCACUAUCAUCAUCGUUGUCAUGGACCAGCGCACUAUCCUCGUUUUUUCUAGUUCUUCCUUUACUCUCUACUAAUACGCUAAUGGUCCCACAAAAGGAAGAGGCUUAUCUCAUUUUGCGACUUGAAAUGCCAUAAAAAGACUGUUAGUCUUUCCGACUCGGUAACUUCUUAAUCUUUUGAUUUCUUUUCCAUCAUACAGGUUUAUUUUGUGCCCCAGUGCUCCUGGUUGCGGCUUGCAAGCAGCAAUGGACUAUGGGAGAGCCAUUAUGUUACGCAUACUCCACCGCAAUAUCAAUAUCUCUUAACGUCUCCAUAAUGACUUUGUUUCUGAUCAGUUUGGAUCGCUUAAACGCCGUCUCAAAGCCUUUUCAUUACCGAGCGAAAGAAACUUUCACCCAGAAGUGGACUAAAUGGUUAAUCCUCUUUGCUUGGGUCCACUCUGUAUUCUGGGCCGCAGCGCCUCUGGUUGGCUGGGGAGAGAUCAUCGAAGACCCCAUCACUAACUCUUGCAAACCUAACUGGGCUGCUAAAGGCCUAACAAACACUUUGUACACCAUGGGCUUAGCAGGUUUCGCAUUCGCUAUCCCGGUAGUAUCUAUGAUAGUGGUAUACGGUAUCAUCUACUAUCGCUCCAAAGUUAGCAGUCGUUUCAUGAAAGAUCGUUCUCAAAACGCGGUUUCUGAUGAUGCAGUGCGUCAAAAACAACAGAGUGCAAUUUUACGGACGGUAUUAGUUGUGGUUGGGAUGUUUGCAGUUUGUUGGUUACCCUACACCAUCGCCACAACGUUUAAACUGUUCUUUCGCAAAGCGCCGCCGUCUUGGUUAGUUCAUUUUGGAUUGAUGAUGGCGUCUGCUAACAGUUUUGUAAAUCCUGUCAUUUAUUCUGCAUUUGAUAAGAGCAUGAGAGACGAGUUCAAGAGAAUUUGCAAACUCUGCAACAGAAAAGGAGAUGAUCUGUACGACGCUAGGAGCCGACGAACAAGCUCAAACUUGGCCAUAUAUAACACCACUGUAACAAGAAUAAGCAACGAAGCAGUCAAUAAGAUUCUUAAGGAAGGUAAAUUUACUGAAAGUCCGCCGUUGCCGAGAAAGGAUACAAUGAAUAACGACAAAAUGGUUACUGAUAUGUUCGUGGAUAACAUCGUCCAGAAAAUGGAAAAAUCUGCGAGGGAAACAUGGGUUUGA